AUGAUCUUACUACCGAUUCUCGCCGUCAGUCUACUUUGUUACACAGCUUUAGCUCAAGGUCCACCCGGUGUAAGCGAAGGUGGUGGUGGCGGUGGUGGACGAGGCUCCAGACAGGGUGGAUGGGGCGGCAGUGGAACAGGCAGUGGAACAGGCGGUGGAAGUUGGGGAGGGCAAAGUGGAGGAACAGGAGGAUGGGGUGGUAGCGGUGGUAGUCCAGGAGGUGGUGGACCCGGUGGCUGGGGCGGUGAUCGCUCACCAUCAGGAGGCGGAGGAUCUGGUGGGUGGGGCGGUGACCGCUCACCACCAGGAGGUGGUGGAUCGGGUGGCUGGGGCGGUGACCGCUCACCAUCAGGAGGUGGAGGAUCGGGUAGCUGGGGAGGUGACCGUUCACCACAAGGAGGUGGAGGAUCCGGUAGCUGGGGAGGUGAUCGUCGACCACAAGGAGGUGGAGGAGGUCGUGGUCCAAUGGGUGGAUCGCAAGGAGGUCAAGGUGGCUGGGGAGGUGGAGAUCAAGGCGGAAGAGGAGAUUGGGGAGGCCAAGGAGGCGGAGAUCGUUGGGGAGGAAGCCAAGGAGGAGGAAAUCGUUGGGGAGGAAGCCAAGGAGGAGGACCUGGAGGAUGGCAAGGAGGUCAAGGCGGCGGCAGUUGGGGUGGUAACCGUGGCUGGGGUGGCUGGGGAGGACAAGGAGGAUGGGGUGGAUCAGGAUGGGGAGGACGACCAUGGUGGUCUCGAAAUGGAUGGGGAACAUGGGGAGGUAAGCCAAAUUUCUUCAGCCCUAAUCAAAUUAAAUCAAUUCAAAAUCAAAUCGAUUAA